AUGAGAAGAUACAAGCGCGACAAUAAUCCAGAACGUGGAGUCUCUCCAAUGCGUCGAAGAGGAUUCAAGAAGCCUCUAAGCAUUAGAUCAAAAGUCAGGGUUGCAGGCCUACCAAAGCCAGUCUUAGAUCCAGAAAGGAGGUCGAGGAUUGAGGUAGAUCCGAACCAUGGGUUAUGGGGAUUCUUCAAUGAAAAGAAGGAACUUUUGACACCGCCUGACGUAGAAGCCUCACAUGGUCGAGCAUGGUAUUCAGAUGAGCUCCGGCAUAAGUCUUGGGAGGAUCUACACUCCGUAUGGUGGAUGUGCUGUAGAGAGCGCAACCGGCUAGCCACCGAGUCUGCAGAGAGACAGAGAUUGAGGAUCAAACAGGGGAAUGCUGAAGCCCAUGCACGGGAUCUGACUCUACGAAGAACAAUGAAAUCAAUCAAGUGGGCUUUGACGGAACGGUACUACGCAUGGGAGGGCGCACGAGCGCUCGCCGAGAAAGAUCCGGAGGUGGAUAUGGAUGCUGCAGACUUGGAACAACCGAUAUAUGGACCUAUGACUAAGCAAGUGAGUCAAGGUGGUCGGGAUGACCGUUGA